AUGAAAUUUCCGACUGAGAAUCCAAGAAAACCAGGGAACACGAACCCUCCUCCAGUGGCAGUCCAGACAAACCUGGUCCCCCCGAAGAAGGUGCAGCCAGGCAUGCUUCAGUCCAGCUUGGUGCACGCCAGCGUGGCCACCAUGCAGAACCCGAUGGGCUGUGCUAUGCCACGGCUCUCUGUUUCCUCCCGUCCCGCCAGCAUGGUGGCCAGCAUGGAGGCGGUGGCCGAUGGCUCAGCCCCCUUCACCAUGAUGAAGCUGAAGACGGUACUGGCUGUGUUUGUGGUGGUGGUGGCUUACCUAGUGGCAGGAGGCCUGGUGUUCCAGGCGCUGGAGCAGCCGUUUGAAAACAACCAAAAGAUCACCAUCACAGCAGAGAAGGCAGCCUUCCUGCAAAAACACUCGUGUGUGUCCCCAGAUGAGCUGGAGGCCAUCAUCAAACACUCUGUGGAGGCUGUGAAUGCCGGAGUGAAUCCCAUCGGUGACACUUCCUACAACUCCAGCCACUGGGAUCUGGGUAGUGCCUUCUUCUUUGCUGGAACUGUCAUCACAACCAUAGGUUAUGGUAACAUUGCCCCGAGCACUGAGGGAGGGAAGAUUUUCUGCAUUCUCUAUGCAAUAUUUGGCAUCCCCCUGUUUGGAUUCCUGCUGGCAGGCGUCGGGGACCAGCUAGGUACCAUAUUUGUCAAAAGCAUUGCCAAGGUGGAGAAGAUGUUCCGGAAUAAACACAACCAGAUAAGCCAGACCAAAAUCCGUGUGGCCUCCACCCUCCUGUUCAUCCUGGCUGGCUGCAUCCUGUUUGUCACCAUCCCAGCUGUGAUCUUCAAACACAUUGAGGGCUGGACGGCCCUGGAAUCAACAUAUUUUGUGGUCAUUACUCUGACAACAGUUGGAAUAGGUGACUAUGUGGCAGGGGGAGACCGGAGAAUUGAGUACCGGAAGUGGUACAGACCACUGGUGUGGUUCUGGAUCCUUGGUGGUCUAGCUUACUUUGCUGCCGUGCUGAACAUGAUUGGUGACUGGCUGAGAGUGCUGUCCAAAAAGACAAAAGAAGAGGUUGGAGAGAUCAAGGCUCACGCAGCAGAGUGGAAAGCAAACGUGCGAGCGGAGUUUCGGGAGACGCGUCGACGUAUGAGUGUUGAGGUCCACGACAAGCUGCAGCGAGCCGCCACCAUCCGGAGCAUGGAGAGACGGCAGCUGGGCUUGGACCAGCGUGCCGUGUCGCUGGACAUGCUUUCCCCAGAGCGCCGUGCCAUCUUCAACAGCCUGGACACCAACACCUAUAAGACCUCUUCGCAGGAAAGCAUUGAUACCAAGCUGAACAACCUGCGGCUGCGGGGAGCCGAGCAGUGCGACCGGCGCUCCAACCACCAAACCACAUCUGAGGACAACAUUUUCAACCGCCUGGGCUCUGUCACCAAACUGGCCAAACGCAACAGGAAUCGGGACCUGAAGAAAAACAUCCCAAAUGACGUUCGUCGGCCUCAUAGUGAGGCCUAUGGCUACAGCACACCCACUUUCGACUGCAGCACACCCUCUGCAUAUGAAGGGAAAAGGAAGGACGAAGGAGAGGAGGAGAAUGAAGACAAGGAGUGCAACACUAGCUUGUCUGAUUUUCCACUGUUUGUGGAGGCUUGCAAGCCACAGAAUGGGUUUAUUCCAGAGCAGACCAAAAUAAAUGAGAGUGACAAAACACUUGAAACAAAAGAGCUGCAUAUUCAGAUGGGCCCAUAG